AUGGCCGCCUCACAAACACUCAUAGACCUUGCCCAGACGCAGCGUGCUCUGGUCGCCCAGUUCCUCGCAUCUCUGGCCCCAAACGCUUCCGCCGACUCGUCAAGUCAACUGCCACCCAACCCGCCAAACCCUCUCCAUGUCCUUCGCGACAGUGCCACCUUGCUCAAGGCCCAUACCACCAAGCUCGCUCUUCUCCUGAUCAACAAGCCUUUCACGCCUACCGCCGUAACCUCAGUCCUCCGAGAUGCCACCCAAACAUGUCUUCCCGCCAUGAUGUCUGCUGUCGAACUCUGUCGUCCUGACAUUUGGGGUAUCUUCNNCCUACACCAUCAGGUUGUUGCCAGAGUCCGCACAGUCAUGCGUGAGAUGGUCUCUUUCCUCGAAGAAGUCCUCGACGUUGCCAGACAAGAAGACUCGUCGAACCACUCCAAGGACACCCUUGCUUCUACUGGUGUGCUGUGGGAAGCCUGCGACGCUCUGGUUCAACUGGAGAAGACUGGAAUCGCUGGUCUGGCUGUCCUCAAGGCUCAGGAACUACGAGAUACCAUCAACGACGCCAUCGAGGAACUCAAAGAGUGGGAAGAAGGCGAUGGAGAAGAUGACGACGACGACGACGAAGACGACGACAGUGACGCAGACUCCACCACCGACGACCCGCAACCCAGAGACGACCAAGACGAAUUCGACGACAUGUUUUCCGCCGCAAACAAGCUCCCGAAAGACCGCCCCGAUCUGAAACAACGCCUGCAAACCGCUGCCGACAAGCUCAAAAAGAUACAGUUCCUCUACGCCGCCAUCGCCAAACGCAGACUCAAGACUUUUACGCCAGACGUGGCUUCNAAAAAGGUCAACAUCCUGGCUCUGGACAAACUCAUGCAUCUGCUCAAGGAACUGCCCGAGUCUGUCGACGAUCUCGCAAAUGCUUUCUACGAGCUCGACGCCGAUCAAGUCGAUACCAUUCUCAGCACAUGUAUCGACAAUGCAUGCUCAGCAGCCGACCUUCUAAAGACAGACUGGAACGACAAAGACGACGAGUUCACAACCUGGGUCACAAAGUGGACUUUCAUCGUCAAAUAA